GGAGUACUGCUGUGUAGAAAGUAAACAAGCGCUACAUGCGCGGGAAACAUGGUGGCGGAACUAAAUGAGAAGGCAAAAUGACUCCUUUGACAGAUAUUUUGAUAGCAAAAAUUGUUUUAGGUUAUCUCUCAAGUAGGAAAUUGAAAGAAACUAGUGAUUGUUUUCUAAAAGAAUCUGAAGCCCUUAAUAUCAACACAUCUGUUGACAACAAAGGAAGAAUUUUAAAUCAGCUUGAGGAUCAGAAUCUGCUUCCAAGUCUUGAAGAAAUAUUGGAUGACUAUUUUGCCUAUCAAGAAACAGAUGAUGCUACUAGUGACAAAACGUACAUGUUGUGGAAGCAGCUUGAUGUCAUCCUCAGUCAGUUACGGGGUAUUGCACUUGGCAAGAAAAAGUCAAAAGCGUUUUUAAAAGCAAGAAGAUUUGGAAAUGGUUUUAACAAUUUUGUCUCAAGUAGAAAAGUAGAGAAUGGAAAAACUUCUCCUGAAUUAUUUAAGCCAAUAUCAAACGAGCAGUUCGGAAAUCACGGUAAUAGCAAUGAACAUUUUCUGGCAAAGAUUGAUCAACAACAAUUUGAAAACAUUUCACAACAAAACAGCAAAGAAUAUGGUACCUCACUUGUAAACGUGCCAUCUUUGUUACCACACCAGAAGCAAUCACCUAAAAAAUCUGAACCUGGCGCGUUUAAUCCAAUGGUGACACCAAGAAAAGAACAGCUAAAAACUGCGAUUAUAACAGAAUUUAAGUCUCCGAAAAGAAAGUCGUUGCAUCCUAAACGGAGAUCAAAUAGUAGGCUAGAUCAAACAGUUGAUUCAACUCCUUCAAACCAAGCUGACGAACCCAAUAGUGGAUCUGCUGGUGUGUCGCCAUUAUUAAAUGAAGAAUUCACGCACAUUGUUGAAACCUUAAUAGGCAAUCAUUUUUUGCAAGAAAAGUUAGCAGAUAAUAUUAACAAAGUUGUUUCAAGUGACGGUAAUCAAACAGAUAUUGUUGAAAAGGAUCCAAUCAAGGUAAACGAAGUGGUCAAACUUACUGCGGAUGAUCCUGAUUUCGGCUCGUUGUUUGCAAUGCUUGGAGAUUUAAACCAUGGUGAUGACAUAGACAAACAGAAUUAUUUCUUUCCUUCUAAAGAAACACUGCAUAUGCAACAGCAACAUGGUUUGUUUAAUGCCAGUGAAAAGAUCGACAACAAUUCUUUCGACGAGCUGUCUUCUCAUCUAACAUUUAGCAAUCAGCCAUGCAUAAAUGAUGGCUUCUACCACAGAGAUGUUGCGUCAGUUGAUAUGCUGUCAAAUGCAGUUUCGUCUAUUCAAAGUUCAAUACCAAUGAAAACAAUCGAUGCAGUUGCACUACAUGCAACCACUGCUGAUUCGCACCCUAAACAAUAUUUAUGUAAAAGUAACCCUGUUCUUGAAACUAUGGCUGGCAAUUCGAACUCAAUAGAAACUAGCCCUAUUCCUGCCACCUUGUGUAAUAUACCACCAGUGGAAGGUGUUGCCGAUAGUAAUGUUUCAGUGACCAAAAAUUCUUUAUUUAGUUCUGCAUCGUAUGCAGCACAGAAUAAUAAUAAUAAUAAUAAUAUUACAUCAGUAGAAAUCAUGUCAGAUAGUGCGAAUUUAGUUCAAACUGUAUCGCAUGUCGGUCAAAGUGAGGCCAUACCACAUCAUAUAGUUUCAACGAUGCAAUCCCAAAAUGUCCAGACUGCCGUUCAAACGCAAAUAGAGAGUAACACGCUCUCUGCACCAUCUCAACUCAUUACAACUUCCAAUGGGCACGCUAUGCAUCAGCAACGAUCGUUCUUGAGUUUGUUGAACGAUGAUAGCAAUUUGUUUCCUCCAAGCAACUCCACUUCAGAUCAUUUUAACAUACGUUCAGAUGGCAAGAAAGAUGUAGUGAGGAACUUGCAUAACGAAAUCAGUAUUUGCACCCAAAUUAAUACUCUUCAGUCAAACACAAACAACAUUAAUAGCAUUCCCUCCGAGCAACUGAGCUUUCCAGCUAGUCUAAUAAACGAGCAACUAUGCCAUCCAACUAGAAUAACAAACGAGAAACCAAACCAUUCAGUUAGUGUAACAAACGAGCAGCUAAACCAGUCAGCUAGUAAAAAUGAACAAUCUCAGUUCUGCCGGUCGCUAAAAAACAUGUUUCAGACGCAGGAUUUGUACCUGCAAGUUUCUUCAUCAGAUUCACCGUCUACGCAUUGUGUAAAAACACCUAGGAAAAUUUCUCUGGAUGAAGAAAACUUUCAUCAGACAAAAGAGAAGAGAGAUGAGGACAGUGUAUCCAUAGCUACCGAUGCUCUUUUGCUUCUUUCAACCAGUCCUGCAAAAUUUGAGAGCAAAGCCGUGUUUAGAACAUUCUCACCGGCGCAGGAAAGUGAAAACCAUACGCAGAAUGUACAAGGUACCAACCCACUUAUUGAACCAAGCAUUGCAGUCAGUAACGUCGAUCAGUGUCAUGCGACUGUAAAUAGUCUUAAUGUGACGGUGACAGAUAAUGCGGUUAGUUCCAGAGAAAUUUUAGUUUCAGAUGAGCAUGCACUAUCUCGAAUACCGUACCCUAGUGAUAACGAGACAAAGCAUGUUGCCAAGGAAAAAAAUAAAAUAGAAUUCUUUGAGCAGCCAUAUAAACAUAUCACUAAUUCCUUACCCAUACUUCCCAGGCCAGUUGUAAAACUGCCCGAUAUGCAAUAUAGUAUCUCUCAAGGAGAAACUGUUUCUGCAAAGAACUACAUCGAACACAAAAAUUUAUCCUUGGCUGACCAGUUAGCUCAAAGGUGUGACUUCGUAAGUACAAAGAAGAAGAGGGCUGGGAAGAAAGUUAAAAAGAAAGAAGUUGUCACAAAAAUGUUUGACUUUGGAUCUGUUAAAACUUCUAUUCCUUCGGGCGUAGUGCCAACUCACUAUAUUCCAUACGUAAACAAUGCAGCAUGUAACAGCAGCAUAUGCCCUGUUUCUAUUAAUAAUAAUCCCAUAAUAACUAAAGUUACCCCCUCACAAAAGAUUUUGUCAAGAUUAAAGCAAAACGAAAUCUCGACCACACCCCAAAUUAUACCGAUGAAACAUUCUUCGUCAACACUUCCUCGCACUCUCACACGUCCGCAUAACAGUUUCAAUGUGUUUCGCAUUGCAGGUGGUUCUAUUGCCUCGCUCAGUCCGCAAAAGACUACGAAGUCAUAUGCUCUUAAAGACAGUGAGACAAAAAAGUUGUCUGUAACUUUUUCAAACCAACAACGAUCGUCGAUAUUAAAAAAGGGAAGGUCCCUCACGAGGAGUUUGUCCUCGGUAUCGAAAACUCAACAAGAUCUCAACUGUAACGAAACAUUGACAACCAAUAGAAAAAAUCAGACUUUAUUGUCACCAAAGAAAGCAAACUAUACGCUACUCAGGUCUCCUAAGAAAAACAAACAUAAUAAAAGCGAACUUAAAGUUAAGUUUCCUUUCAAAUCUCCAAAAAAAAAACAUGUUCAUUUUUUCGACGAUAGCCCAGUUGAAAGCUACCUAACACCGAUAACAACGAGGACUAUUACGUCUCAUACAACCAGUAGUAACACACAUCAUCAAUCACAUUUAAUAGUCUCUCCCAUUCAAACGUCGUCUCGUUCAUCCAGUGAUACUUUAAACCCUACAAAAGAAGACAUUGAUAUUGAUAAGUUAAUCACGCAAGGUGAGGAUAAUAUCGAGAUUAUUGUCACUAGUGGUGACAACGAACUUGACUUGAUCGGAUCUACCGAAAAUAAAAAAGUGAGCACGGUGGAGUGUAAUGAUACAGAGAGUGGUUGCAUAACGUCACGAAAUGUGUUGAAUGAUAGAACUAUUAAAGAAACGAAUUCCUCGUGUCAAGAGAAACAGAAGGACAGACAGAAAAAAAGAAAACACCCGGAUUCACAGGAUUCGUCGAAACUAAAGAAAAAACUAAAACGGAAAUCGAGCCUGGAAAGUUUGAUAUCGCUAGGCGCGGAUCGAUUUUUGGCGAAGGUAAAGAUUUAGAAAAUCGACCGGCAGCCGAUUAUGCAGUUACCUGUAUAAUAUCAGUUACUUGUUAUUUUUUAUACAAUAUUGAAAAAAAUGUUUUAUAUAAGUUCAAAAGAAAAAAGAAAAUAUGUUUUAAAACACUU